GUAAAGCUUCCCGCUUCCCGUCGAUAAGAAAACAAGCUGCACAGAGGAAAGCAACCGCACUUUGGGACCAAAGUGCUCCAUUUCACUUCUCUAGUUGCUGUACACCCUGUUUCCAAAAUGCCUCGCAUUGAGAAUGACAUCAAGCUGGACUUCAAGGAUGUGCUCCUCCGCCCAAAGAGAAGCACACUCAAGUCAAGGAGCGAGGUAGACCUGAUGAGGAGCUACACUUUCAGGAACUCCAAGGGCAGCUACAGAGGGAUCCCCAUUAUCGCUGCAAACAUGGACACCGUGGGGACCUUUGAGAUGGCCCUGGCUUUGCACCAGUUUACUCUCUUCACCACGGUUCACAAACAUUACUCCGUGGAUGACUGGGUGGAGUUUGCAAAAAAGAAUCCUGAAUGCCUGACGAAUGUAGCAGUGAGCACAGGGACCGGGGAAGGCGACUUUGACCGGAUUUCAGCCAUAGUGGAGGCCGUGCCACAGCUGCAGUAUAUCUGUGUCGACGUGGCUAACGGCUACUCUGAACACUUUGUUCACUUUGUCAAGGACGUCAGGGAGAAGUUCCCCUCUCACACUAUAAUGGCAGGGAACGUGGUGACAGGAGAGAUGGUAGAGGAGCUGAUCCUGGCCGGCGCCGACAUCAUCAAAGUAGGCAUCGGACCAGGCUCUGUGUGCACCACCCGUAAGAAGACGGGGGUGGGGUACCCCCAGCUCAGCGCUGUGAUCGAGUGUGCAGAUGCCGCCCAUGGCUUGGGUGGCCACAUCAUCUCUGAUGGUGGAUGUACUUGCCCAGGAGACGUCUCAAAGGCUUUCGGUGCCGGAGCGGACUUUGUGAUGCUGGGCGGUAUGCUCGCCGGCCACUCAGAAAGCGGCGGAGAGGUCAUUGAGAAAAAUGGCAAGAAGUACAAGCUGUUCUAUGGAAUGAGCUCCGACACGGCGAUGCAGAAACAUGCAGGAGGCGUGGCUGACUACAGAGCGUCAGAGGGGAAGACAGUCGAAGUUCUUUACAAAGGCCCGGUGGAUGUGACAAUACGAGACGUCCUGGGCGGGGUCCGCUCCACCUGCACCUAUGUUGGUGCAGGCAAACUGAAGGAGCUGAGCCGCAGGACCACCUUCAUCCGGGUCACCCAGCAGCUCAACACGGUCUUUGGCAACGACAGCUGAAUGUCCAGCUCGGCGCUUCUUCGGAGGGAACGAUAAGUCUGCAACACUGCCUGUCUGACUCCUGGAUGCUGUUUGUGCAUCGACCAUGUGCGAACACGAGUGAACAGACAUGAAUAUUAAUACUUAAAAAGUCCUUUUACUAUGCUUAUUAGUUAAAGCUAAGGUUUAAAUGCAAUUUCAUUUUAUUAGGUUUGACUUUCACUGACAUGAACAGACAUAUUUGAAGUCACUUUACACUCUGAUGUUACAAUUUUUUAUCCAAUCUACAAAGAGUUUCAGGGGUCAGAGUGUUUCUAGACUGUAAGAAGUAAACUAGAGCAGUAUGUCUACAGCUCUACACAUGUCUGCUGCCUCAUCAUUCCAAUGCUUAGUUGUUGUUAUUAUGCCCAAUGCCGGGAUCAUACUGUAAAUCAUUGCCACGCACAUAUACAAUUAUAGCAAAAGUCUUAAAUUGAAAAUGAAUGUUUUUAGAAAUUCAAUCAUUCCACCACUUUUUAAAUUUUGCACUUUUGUGUUUUGUAAUUUGAGAUUUGAGAGUCUAAUAUUUAAUUUUCGUUAUUGUUUCAUAGAUAUGUUAUGAGACUACAAUGUAUUUUAGUAAGUGAAUGAGGUAUAGACAGAAUUCAUACAUGGGCCAUUAUAUACUGAAUGUACAGUCCUAGAGCACAUAGCAAUGAAGUGCUGAAUUCCUAGCAGAAGUGUUAUUCAACAUAAAGAUAUCUGCAGCUUUCCUCUUCUCUGGUUCUAGCUGCUCCUGUUCAGUACCAAAGGUUGUGUGAGCUUAACAUUAGCUAAGUGCGCUUUCAAAUUCAUUUCUGAUUCAUUGUAUUCCUUUAAAUUAAGUUAAUUGUUCCUCAAAGGUUUUAAAUUAUGAGCAUUGGUCUCACUUCACACAGUGUCUGCAGUUACUUCACUUCAAGCAGUGCUUUGUUUCAUUUUUCGUUACAGUUUUUAAAUUCACUUGUUUUAAACGGUCAAUAAAAAACAUUUCACAUCUUACAACUCUAAUGGCUUUAUUAUUGAAUGGAUGUUGCAAAUUCUGAGCUUACAUUGUAAUAUAACUGAACUAAGUGAGAGCAAUGAUGCAUUCAGCA